AUGUCGUCUCCUCCUCCCACAACUCCAGCGGUCAUCGUUCACAUAGACGGCGCCGGUGGCAUCGACAAGAGCUAUCGCGAGCGUCACCCCGUCCUCGAUUUCCUGUUCACGCACCAAGAAGCGUUCGACCACGGCACCAUGAAGACCGAGCCGUACACCCAAUUCCACACUUCGGACUUCGUCUUCACCAAGUCCGACGGCACCGUCCUGCCCGCGGGCGAAGAGUCCUGGAAAGGCUGGCUGGAAGGCUACGCCCCGUUCACCGAGCACCUCCACGAGGCCCGCUACUGCUGCGUCUACGAGCGGCGGCGCGACGACGACGACGACGCCGGCGGGUCGACAAGUUUUUGGGAAAUGUUGGGCAUAGCCAACGUUUUCGCCGACCUCCCCGCGCCGGGGGAGAAGACCAAGACGGAUCUGUCCGGCCGCAAGUGGGACGUCGCGGUCCCCGGCGCGUUCCUCUUUACUUGCGUUGCGGACCCGGCUGGCCCGAAGGGCUUCAAGGUCAAGUCGAUGACGCUGUAUGGGGACGGGACUCCCGUGGUCGGCGAGAUGAUCAAGCGUGGAAUGGUCAAGCCUGAGGAUCUUCUUGCAAAGUAG